GUUCCAUCUCCGAAACGCCAAGCAACACCCUAUGACUUAACCAUUACCUCACAUCUAAACUUAAAACUAUUAUUCCUUACCGAAAGCGUAACUGGGCGAACUAAACCGCUUUCUUUAAAGUCUACUCCUGAAUUUCAUCAACGAUUAAAAACCUUGGCGAGUGAAGAAAAGUGUUUGAUGAUCGAAAUCUUGGAAAGAGCCUUAGCAGAAAAAGAAAAUGAACCUAUCGUUGAUGAGAAAAUAGUACUAACCAAAAGCAGUAAACGCCAAUUUGAGGAUGAUGAAACUGAGCAACCUAGCACUAAUUCUAAAAAGAGAAAAAUUGACCAAUAG